UUUUUGUUUUGUAUACGAUACGUCAAAUGGUGCAAAUUUCUUCUGCGCGAUCUUGUUGGUGACAUUGGAAUUAGAAUAUUAAUUUCAUAAAAAAAUCUAGAAAAACUAUACAACAAUGACCGAGGUGUUGAGCAAUAGCACUACCGAUAAGGUAUCGGCGCUAGUAAAAGAGGCGGAGGCAUUGAAAGCCAAACUUGAAGAAGAAAGACAGAAAUUGAAUGAUGUUACUUUGUCUUCCGUGGCAGAGCGACUCGAAGUGAUCCCAUAUCUCAAUAUAAAGCCACGACGAGUACUGAAAGGCCAUCAAGCUAAAGUGCUUUGUUCUGAUUGGUCCCCGGACAAAAGGCACAUUGUAUCUUCUUCCCAAGACGGGAAACUAAUUAUCUGGGAUGCUUUUACCAAUUACAAGGAACAUGCAGUCACAAUGCCUACCACCUGGGUGAUGGGAUGCUCGUACGCUCCAUCUGGCAAUCUUGUUGCCUGCGGAGGUUUAGAUAAUAAAGUUACCGUAUAUCCGUUAACAAUGGAUGAGGACAUAUCGUCACGGAAGAAAACUGUCGGAACCCACACGAGCUACAUGUCAUGUUGCAUUUUCCCAAACUCGGACCAACAAAUUCUGACCGGAAGCGGAGAUUCUACGUGCGCCUUGUGGGAUGUCGAAUCCGGACAACUAUUGCAAAGUUUCCACGGUCACACCGGCGAUGUUAUGUCAAUCGACUUAGCUCCAAAUGAAACGGGCAAUACGUUCGUUUCCGGCAGCUGUGACAAAAUGGCUUUUAUUUGGGACAUGCGAUCCGGUCACGUUGUGCAAUCUUUUGAAGGUCAUCAAUCGGAUGUGAACAGUGUGAAAUUUCAUCCUAGCGGGGAUGCCAUCAGCACUGGUUCUGACGAUAGUACUUGCCGUUUAUUCGACAUGAGAGCUGAUAAGGAAGUGGCUGUUUUCUGUAAGGAUAGCAUAAUCUUUGGAGUCAAUUCAGUCGAUUUUUCGGUCAGCGGAAGACUGUUGUUCGCCGGAUACAACGAUUAUACUGUAAAUGUUUGGGAUACUUUGAAAGCACAACGCGUGUGCUUGCUAUACGGACAUGAGAACAAAGUAUCAUGCUUGCAAGUAUCACCUGAUGGGACAGCUCUAUCAACUGGAAGUUGGGAUUUCACUUUAAGAAUAUGGGCUUAAGUAACCAAUGUGCAUCUCUAUUUCAUUAUAACCAAAGAACUGUUUAUAAAGUCAUUAAAGCAUUUUAGUAUUUCUGAGGUAUAAAAUGUAACAAGUGAAUUAAAUGUGCACCCAAAGGGUUGAAAUCUAUUUAUCAUAGUCGAAAACUUGAUGUGCUUCUCAGUAGAUUUUAGCAUUCCGCAUGUAUCGUUCGAAAAUAAGGCAGUGCCAUAUUCAUAGUGUAAAUGUAUUUGAUCGAAGAGUAAAACGUGUUUAAUAAGUCACAAACAUAAAACAAUUUCACAAAUAUCAUAGCAUAACGUACAUCUAUCGCGAGUGUAUUUACUUCCUGGUAUUUAUUACCGGGUUAGAUUAACUAUUUUAUUGCUUUCGGUGCCAUAUUAAAUUAAAACAGCACAUUUAUUUCUACAGUAUUAUACUAAAAAAUAGCGAAACUAACGUAUGUCAUACUUGAAAUUGUUUUACUUUGUUAUCUACCAAAUUAGUUAAAAACUGUUCU